AUGAACACGGUUAUCCCGCGUCCUCUCCCAGAGUCGCUGCGCGACAUGUGGUUCUCUCGCCACGAAUACGAGGCUGCGCUCGCCAUCCACAGUUUCCUCAAGUUCGCCAUGUCCGCCGACCCCGACGACGACCUCUUGACCACGGCGAUGAGGCUCGAGAGCUUUGUCCCGCACGUCAUCUACUGCCUCUCGCCUCCCCUCGACGUCGCAUACGCCACCCUCUACCUCCUCUGGAACCUCCGCCGGAGCGGGAACCGACAUCUCUCCUCCGGCCACGGUCUCUUCCUCGUCGCCCUCCGACUCGCGUGGUCUGUGCUCGAGGACCCUGGCGUGGUCGCGCCGUACCAUCGGUGGAUGGACGCGAUCCCGGGCCUGUACUUCCCCGUCUCCCAGUUCACUGCGCUGGAGAUCAAGUUCUGCGCCGCGCUCGACUGGAAGGUGGGCAUCAACCGCGAGGACUUUCUCGCCUUCAAGGCCGGGGUGCGGACGUGGGUCACCGAGAGAGGACGGCUCCCGUUGGAAAAAUACCUCGAAGAUCGCGCGUUCGAGACGCAUCCGGGCCCCGGCACAGAUUCGGACCCGAAGGGAACCCCGAGCUAUGACUGCGUCGCGCAUCUGCAGCAGGCCGUUUAUCACUGCCCGAACUACGAGCAUGUGUCUAUGACGGGCUCCUCUCCCGACUCGGCCUGCUCUAUUGGGACCGCCUCUUCUGGAAGCCCGGCGCCGCUGACACCGGCGGACGCGAUGGAGGUGGCGGAGUCGCCCCAGGCCCAGCCUUGCGCAGGGCCGGCAGACGGUCGCGAGGCCUCGCCCUCCGCUCCCCAUCACGGUGCACCGCGCGAGAGUUGUCGGCCGAUGGCCGUCCAUGAACUGGCACGAUGUGCGUUAUCGCUUGACCACGCCCAUUGA